AGAAGAAAACUACAAUAACGAGAAGGUAAAUAGAGGAUACCUCGUUGAUGAUUACAAGAUUAUAUUAUUUAACAUAAAAUUAUGGAAUAUAUUCAGUAAAAGAAAGAAGGAUAAAAGAAAAGUGUUUUGUUUAAUAUUAAUCGUUAACGCUAGCGAGCAUAACCGCCUCCAAACUUCUCUAUCCGUGACAGUGAAAGUGCCUAGGAAAGAAAGAAAAAAGGCCGGCUGUCUCUAACGAUACUCGUAUUUACGAAAGAAUAAGCAAGAAAAACGUAGUUGCAAGUUGAUACUCCAUCAAAUUUUAUCGAGAAAACGAGGAAAACGAAAAACGUGACAUAGAACACAACAUAAAAUUACAUCCUGUUAUCGCUAAAUGAGCUGCAGCUACGAAGACUUACUCAGAAGUCAUUGAGAAGUCACUGAAGAUAAAAACAUAUAGUAUCAGAGAGAUUUACAAUGAAACUUGAACCGGUCCAAUUAUUUUAUCUCAUUCUACCGUUUCUGCUAUUGGAAGAAUGUGCCAGCUUUGAAAAAUUAAAGGGCAUAUAUUCCUGGAAGGCUUUGGAAUUUGCCUUUUCAAACGAGCAUGCGAGAGAACUUGCUAUACAAGAAGGUCGCUUUAUUCCUGGAGCACCAGUACCGAUCGAUGUGGAUUUUUAUCACAAAGCGAAACAAGGAUCUGUAGUCUUCAUCACGGUACCAAGGAUUCAAAAUGGAAUUCCGGCCAGCCUCGGUUACGUCACGAAUAAUGUUUCUUCUGAAGGAAAUCCGAUAAUUGCACCUUAUCCAAAUUGGGAAUGGAACAGAUUGGGACAUUGUGAUGCGAUCACUAGUGCAUUUAGAGUGCAGGUUGAUUCAUGCGAUAGAUUAUGGGUCAUCGACACUGGUAAACUCGAAGAACGGCAGAUUUGUCGUCCUCAACUGUUAUCGUUCUCGUUACAAACAAAUAAGGUUCUGAGCCAAUACAAGUUUCCUAAAGAUCAGUUCAAAGAUGAUUCUUUAUUCGUGACGAUCGCAGUCGACAUUCGCAAUGGUGACGACAAAUGUCAAGACACGUUUGUCUACAUUGCCGACGUAACUGGAUUCGGAUUACUCGUCUACGAUCAUCGUAAUUUCCGUUCCUGGAGGAUCACCAACAAUCUAUUUUAUCCUUAUCCAGCUCAUGGAACCUUCCACAUCAAUGGAGACACGUUCGAUCUUAUGGAUGGCAUUUUGGGACUUGCUCUGAGCCCCAUGAAGCAGGAUGGUGACAGGAUUUUGUACUUCCAUUCCCUGGCUAGCAGAAUCGAAAGUUGGGUACCUACUUCUAUCAUCAGAAAUUAUAGCCUCUUUGAAGAAUACUCCGAUGCAGCGCCAAGGUCAUUCCGUCCAUUUGUUAUGGAAAGGUCAUCGCAAUCGGCGGCCCAAGCCAUGGAUAAGGACGGAGUUCUCUUUUUCGGUCUUCUAUCAGAUCUCGCUUUAGGAUGUUGGAACAGUAUCAGUCAUCCUGAAUAUGGUGGUACCAAUACUGAAGUCGUCGUCGUCAAUCCCGAGACGUUGCAAUUCCCCUCUGGAAUGAAGGUCAUCACCGCAAAGAACGGUCGUCAAGAGCUGUGGCUUCUCACGUCGUCGUUCCAAAAGUUCAUGACUUCGACUAUGAACUCGAACGAGACGAAUUUCCGGAUACUGGCCGGUUACGUGGACGAGCUGAUUCGCGGUACCAAGUGUAACGGUGUGCGUCUCGGCCAUGACCGCAAUCACGACUACCAUUCGCAUCUGUUCGCCAAAUGAAGAUUGUGGCACCGCGGGAAGUUCGACGAUUCGCGCCUUCAGACAGCGACGUCUGUCCGAUGGCACAAGUAUCCGAACUUCUUCGCGGAAUACCGCCGCUCGCCAAGCAUCCGCAUUCGAUCGUCAUAUCCAUUUCCAAAA